AAUGCGCCAACUUCUACUCGUCUACAUUCCUAACCUCUUCGAAUUGAUAAACAUAAUAAUAAUAUAUAUACAAUUAAAACAAUUUACUGUGUAUGACCCGUUAAAAUUCACCUUAUAACAUAACAGUAACCGUAAGAUCAACAUGGGUAAAUUUUCAAGAGACAGACGUGAUAUUUAUUACCGAAAGGCUAAAGAGCAGGGCUGGCGGGCCCGAAGUGCGUUCAAACUUCUACAAAUUGAUGAGAAAUUCAACAUUUUAGAGGGUGUAACAAAGGCCGUGGAUUUAUGUGCAGCGCCGGGAAGCUGGAGUCAGGUUCUGUCCCGCCGUUUAUAUCUUGGUGAAGCUAUUGAUAUUAAGCCAAAAUGUAAGCUUUUUUAUACCGAGAAUGAUGACUACAUGAGUGAGGAUACAGAAGAAUGCAAAACAGAGAAAAUUGGUGAGGCAAAAAAUGAGGAAGCUACAGAACCACCCCAGAAGAACAAAGACGUUAAGAUUGUCGCUGUUGAUUUGCAACCAAUGUCACCUCUACCUGGAGUUAUACAACUACAGGGGGAUAUAACAAAAUACAAAACUGCGGAAGCGAUUAUUAGCCAUUUUGAGGGAGAUCAUGCAGAUUUAGUUGUUUGUGAUGGGGCCCCAGAUGUCACUGGACUCCAUGAUAUUGAUAUUUACAUUCAAGCCCAACUUUUGUUAGGAGCGUUACACAUCACUUGUAACGUUCUUAAACCUGGGGGUACUUUUGUUGCUAAAAUAUUUCGUGCUAAGGACUGUGAUUUGCUGACCCAGCAGCUGCUCAUGCUGUUUGAAGAUGUGAUUACUGUCAAACCAACUAGUUCGCGCAAUUCUAGUAUUGAAGCAUUUGUUGUUUGCCGUAAAUACAAACCGCCUGAAAAUUUUGAUCCUAUGUUAAUAACACCGUUUCUUGAUGUUUCAAACAGAGAUUUUUCUUCUCUCUCUGGAAUAAAUAGAGUAAUAAUACCAUUUUUAGUUUGUGGAGAUAUUAGCGCUUAUGAUUCUGAUACAACUUAUCCACUUCAGCUUGAGGGGGAGGAGCCUUAUCAGUAUCACCCACCAGUGCAGCCGCCAAUCGCUCCGCCAUAUUAUUUUGUAGAUGACCCUGACAAAAAACAAGGAAAAAAUUUAACUGAGAAAUCGCAGUCUGAGGCGAGCAGCAGUAGUCAUAAUUCUGAAAUUUCAGAUCUUUCUCAAAUGACAUUGUCUGACAAAAAUGAAAGUCAACAAUCUAUACAAUAUGGCUUGACCCCCGAACCAAAAUACCAAGAUUUGUUACAAAAAGUUACGAAACUUCGUGAAAGGAAAUCUGAAAAAAAGUUUGUCAAGAAAGUGGAAUCCACUGAGAUAGAUGAGGAGACAUUGACAUUUAUUUCAGGACUCACACAAACGCUAAAUUUAAAACAAGGUACUCCUGAAUAUGAAAGACUAGUUUCAACUUUGUUAGGUCUUGGACCGUCUACUUGUUCUUGUUUAAAUGUGGACAACUGAAGCGAAUGAUAAUUUUUAUGGCAAUUUAUUUGUUUGGAAAUAUAAUUGUUAUUCCACAUAAA